CCAAGCUCAUUUGGAGGCAAUUUUUGGGGGAUUAUGGGCGACUUGGGAUGCUCUUUCAACACCUGAAAUUGGUUUUCCAAACCGGUUGAAGGAAGCUGCGAAUUAAGCAAAAAAUUUGGACUCGGAGUCACUGUUCACAAUGCAUGGAUUAGAUUUUGGCUACAGUUUUGCGUGAACUAGGUUGAACAAGCUGUAAAGUUGGAAGAUAGAAGCAGAUUGAUGAGGCUGCAGCUUCUAAAUAUGCAGAGAUUUAAAAUGGAUAUGGAAGACAUAAUUCAAUCAUUAGGUGGAGACCUUUGUCCAAUUGAAGCUGAAUUGGUGAAGGCAACCACUGACCAUCUCUUAACGAUCAUUGAGUUUGCCUCAAAUGAGAUAGAUAGAGUACUUGGCUCAAUUGUAGAAGCUACAUCCUGGACUAAAAUUGUUGAUACAACCCCAUCCACCACCACAAAGUGUCCAUCCAAGGUCAUAGCAGCUGACCGUAUAAGUACGACAUAGUCUACUAGGGAUACCCAGCUUCCCUUGAGGACUGAAGAUAUAUUGAAAAUGAAGGUGGAGGUGGUGACUACAAACUAUAGAUUGGAAGUAAAAGAAGGAAGCAACACAGGAACAUUCAAGAAGCAACACCUUAACUUCUUUGUUUGGAAAUGUCAUUGAAGUUCUGAGGAAAGCAUAGCUUUAACUGCUUCCCCCCGAUCAGAUUUUAGCUUUCCUAAUACUCCGUACUAAGAUGCAGAUCCAGAAGCCUUCAUUUUUCAAGAUCUUAUUGGGCGACUUUGCCACUGUUCUCCGUUUGCCGCCGCUGUUUGUGGAGGUUUACGGGGAGAGGCUAUCGCCGACGGUGUCUCUCGCCACCGGCGCAUCGCCGGAGAAAUCAUGGGCGGUGAAGGUCGAGAAGAGCGGCGAUCAUUGGGUGUUGGGAGAGGGUUGGUCGGAUUUUGUGAAGGGGAACCGUUUGGAAGCAGGGGAUUUCGCUGUUUUCGGGCUGAUGGAUAAUAUGUCUACCUUCAAGGUCUGGCUCUAUGACUGCACUUGCUGCGAUACGCAACUUUCUUCUUCUUCUUCGAGAUUCUUCUCCCCUGGUGGAUUUCCUGAUCCGGCCAUGGCUUCCGCUAUAGUGGACUAAAUGCAACCAGACUUUUAAACGGUGUGAGAAGACUGAUGUGCGCUUGUAACUGCUGGCGUCUUUGAAAAAGAGAGAAGGCUGACGUGUGCAGCUAAUUGCUAACGUCGAAGAAAAUUAUAGAAGAGAGAAGGGCGGUUUGAUUGAAGAUCCUUGAUAUUCUUUGUCCUUUUCUUGAAUUUGGGUAAUGUCAUGUUUCUUUUCUCAAUUGUGAGAGUCUUUUAUGGCUUUAUUUGAGGGAUGAGUUGUUGAGCUAUUCUUCCUCUUCCUCUAAUUUCCCUCGUGGCUUUGAUUUACUUUGGGUAGUUAUUGGUUCUAUAGAAGAGAAAACAGUAAAGUGCAUUGUUUACU